AUGGCAGACGAGCGGGCACCGCCCGAGACAGACGAAUUUUGGAUAUUUGGCUAUGGUCAAGACCAUCGUGGUACGCCGGAAGCCCCGGGCCGUGUCGUUACUUUAAUCGAACGGUCCUUCUGGGCUUCGCUAGUCGACGCGCACGACUCGGCGCCGGAGAAAGUAUGGGGAACGGCGUAUCGGAUCCAAGCGGACAAGGUCGCCGAGGUGAAGGAGUAUCUAGAUAUCCGAGAGAUCAACGGGUACACGAUCCACUAUACUCCAUUCCAUCCAGCAGACGGAUCACCCUUCAUCCGUACUCUGGUUUACAUCGGCACCCCCGACAAUGACCAGUUCACAGGACCUCAGGAUCCGCAAGCCCUUGCCGAGCAUAUCUACGUUAGCGAAGGCCCCAGCGGCCUUAAUCGCGACUAUUUGCUGGGCCUAGAGAAAGCCCUCAAUGAAUUAAGCCCUGAGAGCGGCGAUGCCCACGUGACGGACCUGUCGGAUCGUGUGCGCGAGUUCAAACGUAAGCGUCGUGAAGGCGAGCUCCAGGUCGAAGGCUUCGAGCACCCAGUCUCACACGAGUUUAGGAGAGUGAGUAGCGUGGGUGAGCAAGAAGAGACCGAAAAGACGUAAAUAGCGACCUAGGAAGGAAGGAGAAGCGGCCCUGUCGCCCCCGAGCAGAAGAUCACCCGAAUAAAUCAAAAAUAUUGAACCACGAAAAGAAGUCAUAUUGAGUGGUGGGUGCUAGCUCACCCGCCCAUUUUGCUAGCAUUUUGGUGAUUUCUACCAGCCUUUCCUACUUCUGCCUCCUCUUAGUAUGACAUAUUUUGUGGUUAUACCUCUGAAGAAAGUUGAACUUCUCCAACACUGUGUGAUCCUUUGCUUGGACCCCUCCUUCACCUUUUCAUAAAGUCGUUAAAUGAUGGUAUAGAUCUUGACAUCGACCAUAAAAGCCGUAGGUGACCUUGAACAUAAAUACGGUAAACGAAUGUACGUACAAA